CUGUAAGUUGAUAAGUUGAUCCUCUCCUCUCUCUUGCGAAACUUCUUCCUCACCCAUUCACAAAACCGCUCUUAUUUUCCAGACUUCCUAUAAAUCUUGAUUUCCCCCUCUUUCUCCUAGUUCGUCAAAUUUCGCGAAACCCUAGCCCUAAUUUUCAAUCGAAAAUCUCUCCGAUAAACCUUCCAUCUUUCUCAAAUUCGUGAUUUUUCGCAAUUUUUCUGUCGAUUUCAGAUGGCUAUGAAACCACUUACAACCGCGGCUAUUGCCCUUACGGAAAAGAAAAUGGAUAUGAGUUUAGACGAUAUCAUCAGGAUGUCUAAAACAAAUGUUGUCAAGUCCAACAAGCAGAGGGUUCCGAACAAAAGUAAAAAACCUACCAAUGGAAAACAAGAUAGAGCUUUGAAGACGCGACAAUAUAUGGAUUCUAGGUCUACUCUUAGACAGGGGGUUCUUGCCCAGAAAAGGUCCAAUUUUCAGGGAAACAAUUUCCCUUUGGCAUCUGAUGCUGCUCGGAAGGUAGCAGCUGCCCCCUUCCGCAAUGGAGGUUUUAACCGUAGUAGGGCUGUUAACUGGAACCGACCAAGAGCUGCUGGUCCGAUGAAGCGGCAAGGUAAUGCAUCAAUUGGUGGCAAUGUUCAUAAGCAACAGCAACGACAACGACAACAGCCACAACAACAACUACGACAACAGCCACAACCACAACGACAGCCACAACAUCCAUCUCAGAGAGGGGAGAAACCUAAAACAUUGGAUUCACUGUUUGCCAAUAUGAAACAGCAGAGGAUGCAAGCUUUUGGUCACACAAACAAUGGCAGUGCUCAUACAAACAAUGGAGGUGGUGCUGCUGUUAAUCAGCCAAGACAACCAUGGCUAAGGGGUCGAUUUGGCAACUACAGAAGCUAAGCUAAGCUGAUGUUAUGAAAUCGGGUGAAAUUUGCAUGUUGGAAAUGCGAUAAGAUUACUUUCGAUCUUUGAUGUUUCUUUUGCUUUCUGUAGGGCAAAUAUUACUUUCUAUGUUUAACUUUCUCAGUAUCACCUUUGAUUUCGAUUUAAAGUUUACCUUGUACAGCCACUAUUUUUCUUUUCUGUUCUCCUUAAUGGUUCAAUUAUGCAGUCAUGCCUUUUUGUUAA